AUGGGCAGUGCUGCGGACAGCUUACCGGCUGUUAAUAAACUCAUAAUGAGGAAUGGUCCUAGCCUUAACCACCAGCAAAAACAGCUCCUAUGUUCACCAGUCACUGAAGAGGAAAUCUAUACUAGUUUGGCUUCCAUUGGGGAUGAAAAGGCACCAGUAGUGAAGGCUGAUGUGGUAGAUGCAGUAAAGGAGUUCUUUAAUACUGGCAGAAUGUUCAAAGGUAUUAAUUGCAUAACUCUAAAUCUCCUGCCUAAAAUCCCAAACCCCAUUACCGUAAAGGACUUUAGACCGAUAGCUUGUUGUACUAUCUUAUACAAACUGAUUGCUAAAGUUCUUGCUGCUAGAUUACAAGUGGUAAUGCCUAGUCUUAUUUGUGAGGCCCAAGCAGGAUUUAUACCAGGGAGGAAAAUUGCGGAUAACAUUAUCCUUGCUCAUGAAUUAGUCAAAGCCUAUUCUAGGAAAAACACCUCUGCCAGAGCCAUGAUCAAAAUUGACCUUCAAAAGGCGUAUGACUCAGUGGAGUGCCCUUAUUUAGAGCAGGUUAUGAUUGAACUUGGUUUCCCAGAUAAAUUCCUCCAUUGGAUAAUGGCGUGUGUCAAAACAGUCAACUACACUAUUCUUAUCAAUGGCUCCACCUCUGAACCUUUUAAUGCUUCAAAAGGCUUGAGACAAGCCUCUGGACUGCAGCCCAAUUUAAGUAAAAGUUCCAUCUAUUUUGGGGGUGUCAAACAGACUGACAGAGAUCAAAUUCUGUCACAGUUGGGAUAUGGGCUGGGGGAGUUACCUUUCAAAUAUUUAGGCAUCCCUCUCUCUACCAAAAGACUAUCCAUCUUGCAAUGGCAACCCUUGAUCACAAAAAUUACUAGUAGAAUUGCCUCAUGGACUGCUAAAAAACUAUCCUACGCUGGUAGAACUCAACAUGUACAAUCAGUGAUCUUUGGCAUACAAGCGUAUUGGGCACAACUCUUCCCUAUUCCUGCCCAUGUACUAAAAGUAAUUGAUGCCUAUUGCCGAAGCUACAUAUGGUCAGGAACAAAUAUUAUCACAAAAAAGACACUUGUCGCUUGGGAUAAAGUAUGCUUGCCCAUAUCUACUGGUGGACUAAAUCCGAUCAAUCUCAAGUUAUGGAAUGUGGCUGCAUUAGCAAAGACUUGUUGGGAUUUAGCUCACAAACUAGACAAGCUUUGGAUUAGAUGGAUACAUACAUACUACAUAAAAGGGAGACAUUUGGGGGACUUUGAUAUACCUCAACAGGCGUCAUGGAUGGUGAGACAAAUAAUACAGGCUCAACAUACUCUUCAACAGGUUCAACAUACUCAAAGUACCAAACAUAGCAUGAUAAGAACUAUUUAUCUGCAGUUGCUGCCUAGUCUACCACGAGUUCAAUGGAAAGUCAUACUAUUCAGCAACAAUGCUAGACCGAAAGCCAAAUUCAUUAUGUGGCUGCACUUCCAUCGAAGACUGUUGACUGCUGAUAGGCUACACAAGUGGGGAAUACAAGCUGAACCAAAGUGUGUAUUAUGUCUGAUGCAUGAUGAAAAUCAGCAACAUAUAUUUGUGCAGUGCCCGUAUACAAGGAAUUUAUGGGGAAAAUUGCUAGUUUGGUUGCAAAGGCCUCAGAUGAAUGCUUCAACAUGGGACCAAUAUAUUAACUGGAUUAUCUCUAAUGCUAAAGGGAAGUCUCUACAUGCCAAGUCCUUUAAAAUCAUAUUGGCUGAGUGUGUCUAUUCUACCUGGAUUGAAAGAAAUGUCAGGCGAUUUGAAGGGAAAUCAACUACCUAUGAGAACAUUGCAAAAGAAAUCGCUUACUCCUGCUAUGUACGAGCUACACCAGUAAUGCAAAACUAUUUUCAUAGAUUUCCUUUUGAGUAG